ACAAACCUAUUAUUUUUAUAAAAUGUGAAGACAUUUAAAAAAUGUACCUAGUAUCCCUGGGCGGAAGACAAAACUUUUACACGGCGAAUUGGGUGGCAAACAAACCGCUUCUGGACCUGGAAGGAGAGCGGUAGUGUGCGUAUUUUAAACGUCAGAUAUCUCAAUGGUUUAAGAUUUUUAAAGCAUGACCAGGUUGGCCAGACCUACCGAUUUAUCGAUAGUCCUCCCGAUUUUGAUCUUCCCUACCGAUUCACGGACGACCAAGGCAAAACUACCGAUAUUUUGUUAUUCCUACCGAAAACUACCGAUUUUUAUUGAUUUUGGACACAUCCUACUCAACAUUCAUUUCUUCCUUGACCUGACAUAAGGUAUACAAAUGUUACCAACAGGGUAUCGUAAGCUAAUAAAUUUACAAUUACAUUCAUUUUUUGGGUUGGAUUUGGUCAGAGAUCUGUGUUGUCAGUAUUUUAAAAUUCUAUGUCAAUACUACGUUUUUGGGACAAUAACCCGGCCUACCGCUAACUACCGAUAAACUUUUAGUGACCCUACCGAUAUUAGGGAAUUCUAUCUAGCCACUCCCCAGUUAAACUCAGAUCUGAGCACGACCAUUUUUAGCGACACCCUAAUAUAUACUAAGCUACAAUCAACAUGCGAAUCAGCCGCAGUUCGUUCAGUACCGCUAAACAAUUCAUAUCGAUUAUGCUGGAGUCCGUAGUCAACGAUUACUGCUUUCCAGCCCACUAUCGGCCCAGAUUGUUGGUAACCAGUUCGGACGUUCCGGUAAGCUACAUUGACAUUCUCCGUCGCAAGUGUGAAGUGACCGUCUGUACUGGAACCAGCAGAGAUGAGAUUUUGGGUGAAACUUCAGGAGCUGAAGGAAUUUUGUGGUUAACCUCCGACAGAUUGGAUGGCGAAGUCUUGGACAUCGCAGGCCCUCAAUUAAAGGUCAUUUCUACGAUGACUUCCGGAAUGGAUUAUGUUGAUGCCGAACAAUUUAGGCAGCGUAGCAUCGCGUUGGGUUAUACACCCAAAGUAGUUAACGACCCGGUUGCGGACAUUGCGAUUGGACUGAUGAUUGCAGCCGCAAGACGAUUUCACGAAGGACGCUUAAAGAUUUUGGAUUCCGCGUGGGAGCCUCGACCCCAGUGGAUGUUGGGGCAAGAUGUAGUUGGAUCGACAAUAGGAAUUGUAGGAUUCGGUGGCAUAGGACAAACAAUUGCAAAAAGGUUAAGAGGAUUCGACAUUGGUCGGCUGCUUUAUACCGGGCAUAGCGAAAAACAAGAAGCCGGCCGAUUUGGAGCGCAGUUCGUAAGCUUUGAUGAAUUAUUGAAGGAAAGUGACUUUGUGUUUAUUGCUUGUCCGAUGACGAACGAAACAAGCAGAAUGUUCAAUGCCAAAGCAUUUCAAGCGAUGAAACCGACAAGUGUUUUGAUCAAUGUUGCACGAGGCGGAAUAGUAGACCAGCCAGCAUUGGUCGAAGCUCUCCGAAAGGGAGAAAUUUUUGCUGCUGGGCUUGAUGUAAUGACCCCAGAACCUUUGCUUCCAUCUGAUCCAAUUAUGAAAUUACCCAACGUCGUGAUCGUCCCGCAUCUCGGAACCUCUACAAGAAAAAGCCUUGAGGAUAUGUUUUGUAUUACCGUACGAAAUGUGUUAUCAGUUUUAAAUGGCCAAAGACCGAUUGCCUCGUUUAUUUAAUUUCUUACAAUAGAAAAAAAUAAUUCUAGGCAUUCUUA